UUGCGAUUCAUGGUAUAGUAUUUAUUGCGCAUGCACGGUGCAGCACUUUAUUUGAAUACGAGUCGCGGUGAGUUCGACGCUCGCCCAAGAAAUAUCGCGUUUCCGUAAUCGUUUAUUCGUUCAUUCGUGAUUCGCGCAACGGAGCAAUAUUCAUUAAAAAAUAUCACUAUAUUCUAGUGGAGUGUCAGCAAUAUUCGUAAGAGGGAAGGAAAAAAAGCUAGAAGGCAUUAGGGAAUAAAUAUAUCGUCAGUGUUAUGUGUCUCGUUGGUUCAACGAUAAACGGAAAUAAUGCCGUUCGUAAUACGAAAAAUAGAGCCGCGUUACGUGUGCCGCGGACACGUGCCACAAGGUGGAAAUGCUUCAGAUUGUUGGCCCGUAGGUGCCGAAAUGGAGGCUGUGGCGAAUGGUGCACUUACUGCUUCCUUGAAGCAGCUCGCUUCACUUCUCACCGCUGCCGAGGACAUAUUUGCCGAUCUCACGGCCGAGUUAACCUCGGUCGCCGAUCGGAGUGGUCUUCUUCGUCGGCGUCUUGACAAAAUCGAGGAGAAACUGUCAACCGUCGAUCCCAAGAAGAUACCAGUCCCUGAAUCUGACAUAAGCACAUUCGCAGCGAGGACCGUGCACUUUCGGUCGUCGAAUGAGCCGCACAAGUCUCUCUUCACGGAGAUCAGUAGACCCAAGGCCCUCAGGGAAUUGUACGAGGCCGCAGCGAUCGUGGCCGUGAGAAGUUUGGACUCGCUGAGACGAGACCGAAAUGCUGGCAGCUCCAUGGAUAUGUUCAUGUGCACGCCCGUCCUUGGAAAGAGAAGGCGAGACAAGAGUCUCGACAUCGAAUCCAGAGUUCCAGCGGCUCUCGAGGAACUGAGAAGAUGGACGUCCAGCGAAGCACUCGGUGAUGUCACGGUUGCACCGGACUGCAUGUCCAGGAUACUCGGUGAAACGACAACGGACGAUGCCGUCGAUCACAAAUUACCAAGCCCCGAGGAACAGGUCCAGGCUGUUGCUCUCAAAUUUCCAGCGGAAAUUGUCGCGGUAGAUGUGAGUGGGCGAGGCUUUGAGAGAAUGUCGAUGAGGAGAAGAUCGUUGUUGGCCGGUCCAGAGUGCCAGGACUCAACGGCCGUGAAGAGAAGAUCACGCCCUCGUCGUCCACGUGGGAAGAGACGAAAUACGAUAGCCGGUACAGAUCAGAAGGAGAUUCGCCAAGCUGUUGGAGGUGAGACUACACCAGACGGCCCAGAAGAAAUGUUGUCGGGGACGACGCCAAGAGCUCACAGAUCCGCGAGUACGGAUAUACUAGGCUCGAAGAAGGAUUCCCCGUCAGAGAAAAAGUCACACUUCAAUACCUUGAAGGCCUGGGGGAUGUCGAGGUUGAAGCUAAUAAGUCCACGGUCGAGUCAAUCGUCGAGUCAGCAGAUCGAUCUUAGCGUGGAUGUCGGGAACGAGACUAACGACGAGAGAACGAGCGAAGUUCAAUCAAAAACGACGGAAGAGACCAACAUUUACGAGACUGUUUCAACGAGAAGACGAAAGGACAAGUCGCACGAAAGGAAACCAAGUUCGUCGAGCUCCAGUGGUAAAAGCACUUCGAGCAUACCGGUCACGAUGCCAAACAUGGAGAUAAGGCAGUCGAGCGUCAAACUGCGGGAAUCAGCCGCACAGAGAAGAGAACGAAGAAAGGGUACGAGCAGGGACGAUGCGCCGCACUCCAGUUCCGGAAAUUGGAGCGCAUCGUCUGAAAGUGGAAGAGCUAGUAUAGGAAGCGAAACAACCACGACUACACAUCCACCAAGGUCAACGACAACGGCAUCGAUAGGAACAUCAUCGACAUCUUUGUGUCACAUACGACGUCUCAAGGGUCGGGACACUUCGGCAUCGUCCUCGGUGACGUCCGAGGGAACCUUAACACCGGAUAUCAUACAGGAUAUCGCAGUUGUGCCUUUCUCCGACGAUGGUGAAACCUCUUCGGUCUAUUCCUGUGAUACGGAGGGCUAUUACACUUCGUUUCACAUGGACUCGGGACUCAAGACCUUGAGGGAAGAGGAACCAUCGCCCCAGAGCCCGGUCAUAAAAUCGAGCGAAGUUAGCUCGGAUCCAACAUCACCCAUAGUUGAAAAUGAAUACGAACUUUUUGGUAGAGGAUCAACAUCGACUACAACCAGCUCAGCGGGAACUGUUUGUACCGCUCUUCUAGCACCGGUUCCUCCGGAGAGAAAGUCGAGUUUGACCGUAGUUGCAAUGGUACACGGUCAAAAUCAAAAUGGAGGCGAGUCCCCGGACAGUGGUCACAACACAUCAUCGUCGCCCGUAGAAUCAGCAUCGAGUCCAGCCUGCACCGGUCGCUCGUGUUCCGAAUUCGAAUAUUCGGAAUCGAGUGAUCUCGAAGGUUGCGAUAGGAUCGAGAGGAUUCGCUCGAAAACCGCGAUCAACACGAGCCGAAUACCAUCAAUGUGUGUCAUAACGCCACCGGGUUCGGACGAUGAGCAAGGCAAAGACGAGGAGGAGCAAAACUCGAGGAGGAACGAGAAAAAUACGGAUUUGAGAACUCCUGGUUCCGUUCUCAUGUCCGCCACUGUGGGUACUUCAAAGAUGGAAGUAUUCAAUGGCGAGGAUAAGAAUCUUUAUGCUACGGUACAAACAGUAACGCCCGCAGCUCUCGGUCACCCCAACAAUCCUUCCAAGAGUUCAAGCAGCAACCAAUCGAGUUCUUCGACGUCGAUCAAGACAAGUCCUCUGAGCGGUGUCUUGGGUAAGCUUCGAGGUGUUCUCCCACUGCCAGGACGAAAGCAUACAUCGAAAAAUGCGGUACAGGAUGUACCGCACACGACAGGAGACUCCGGCGACUAUGUCACCAUAGCCGACGUGAGAAACAACAAUGACAAACGUCAGGAAACAGCGAAUGCUAUGUCAGCGGCUUCGUUACGCUCGCAAGCAACGUACGCGAAUUCGGAUCUGUUCAAGAGAGACGCGGAAUAUGUGAGCCUAAGCGAAUUGCCGAAAAAGCCUGACUCCUCGUUGGAAAGAAGACGACAAGGAGCUCGCGUCACUUUGGACUCGGAAGGGAAAGUAGUUUAUUCGUCUGACAGCUUGAAGCGGAGAACGGGCGCGCAUACGACCUUCAAUCCAGGUCCGUUCGUGAAAGAAGGAAUCUCGCCUUCGCCAUCGCCCCUUUUGCAUCGUGCUCCAACCCAUAUCCGGGCGGUGAAUAAGACGUCGGAUACAACCGACGGUCCUCGGAAAUUAAUAUCAAGCCCGCCAACAUCACCACAGCUGGGGAAAGUGAUUAUUCGGGCUGCAACGAGUCCCGACCGCGCACCAAGUCCAGAUUACGUCAGGACACCAUCAACAGUGGUGGGUCCGAGCAGUCCAACGAGUCCUCACAGACAAGUGCGCGGUGCUUACGUCAACGUGCAGAGCGACGAAGACAAUGCGUUGCUGCCGUUUACAGCGGAGACUGGACCGUCCCAAGUACCACCGCCGUACAUAGGUCCGCCAAAACCACAAGACUGGCAAAAGUUUCAAAAGUCCAUUGAUCACAAAGAUGACAAGACGCAAAGUAGCCAAAAGCACAUUCCCAAAGAUAACCAUCACCGGGAUUAUCGUAUCUACGAGGACAACCGUAGAAACUGUGAAGAACAGUUGCAUCAACAAAAUUGUUAUCCUACGAACAUACGUGCUGCGGAUAAUCGUCGAAAUUUAGAGCAAACGAUCGAGAGUGGCAGCAAUUAUCAGCCUUAUUAUGAGCCACCUCGUUACGAGCCCAAUCACCAUCACAUGUUCUCGCGAGAUAUCGUAAAAACGGAAAAUGCCAGAAAUCAACAAUUUUGUGACGCUCGAAUCGACGCAAGUAAUAAACAAUUUUUCACUCUCCCAACACGAAGAGCAGCGAGGGAAAUAGAACCACCGAGAAGUGUCACACCGGAUAUCACGAGAGGUUUGGGCAGAGCUCCUCUCAGUGCUAUGCACAUGCUCGCACGACAUGGACGAAAAAUGCCGAGUGGAAGUUCAACUGGAAAGGCAGCUAUUCCUAUUGACUCGAAUCGCAGGGCCAGCAGCGUGGAGCAAAUGCAGCACCAAGGACGAUCAAGACUCGUGGAAAAUGUACAGCAGCAACAGCCUCCCAUUGACGUUAAAAAUAGAUUCGUAGCACCGCUGGGAAUUUCUGCAUUCGGUUAUCGUUUCUUCGCCUCGUCGCCAGUCAACGAGGGGGGAAAAAAAUCAAGCGAAGUUCUCCGUAACGCAACGCUAUCGCCGAUUGCAACGGCGAGCAAUAACAACGCGCUUAAAUCAUCAACUCCGACGGCGCGCUCAAAUCCAACGGUCGCAGAACGUUUGACAUUGGUAGGUAACAAUUGUCCUUCGCCGAUUCCCGGUUCGUCGGGACGUAGCACGCCGACUCAGACCUCCUCGGGUCGCAACACGCCGACCAGUUUGUCCAUUAUUUCGCCGACGCGGAGCACGAUGUCGAACGAGGAAUUGUUCGCGGCGAUAUACAAAUCGAAAAGAAAGCUCAACAUCAAAGACGACGCGGAUAGUUUGUCACCCGCGAGCUCGACGAGCUCACUGGUUAAGGCUCCAGCAGGCACGAGACACAGUUGGAGUCCGGAAUCUCACAAAACACCGGAGAUUCCAACGACGAUACAAUCGCCUUCGGCCACAUCACGUCUCGAUUUCAAACGCUUGUUGCUACAACAGAGUGUGAAAAUAGGACCGACGAGGUUAUCAGCAGCGGAGCAGCUGAAGCUCUCGCGCCAGCAGCAGGCCAAUCAACAUCAACCGAUUUCACCGCAGACACCGCAGCACCAUCAUCAUCAGCAACAGUACAGUCAUUACCAUCAACCGGUUCCUCAAAACGGAGCCCAAGUACCACUGGCCAAAGUUCUGAGUCCGCGAUCGGUAUGGCGCUUUCAGACGCCGAGAACGGACGUUUUGUCAUCAACGAUAAUCGAGGAUGCAGCGGCGGAGGAAAAGGCGAUGAAACCAUCACCGGAAAAUCCCACUCCGACGUCUCGUUUUAACUCACGAAGACAACUCGAUCUCGAAGAGAACGUGCCUGAUCGAUUAGCGCGCAACGAGGCCCACAAUGAAAGAAUGAGGAGCAAAGAAAACAGUGGUGUCGGUUCGCAGUUGAGAACCGAAGACACUGCGUCGACGAUGGAACCUCGCGGCGGUCAAGAGACGCCAACAAUGUUCGAUAAAAGGAUCGGCGAUAACACGACGUCAAAUAUUAAUCAUAAUUCGUCCGUUCAGCAACGCUUCAACGUCCCUCAAGUCCAGCAUUUUUCAAAUACACCAAAUUUACAACAAUCAAAUGGCACUGCGGUGAACGCAGCGACCACGGCUCAAUCAGCAACGUCAUACGAAAGUCGCAGAAUCAAUAAUCAACUAGCGAGAGCAAAAUUUCUAGCUGGUGUCCCACCACCGAGCAAUGUCAAUGUCAAUAGUAACGCUAACAAUAAUCAACGCCAGAGUGCCUCUUUUGAGAAACGCUUCAGAGCGAGAUCGGAAUCACCGCAGCCGGCAAACGCUCGAAGCGUCUCGCGAAGCCCGAGCGCUCCGACCCUCGAAACUGCCUUGUGAUCGUUCAACGCGAUUGAUUUUUUGCCAUACCGUCAAUUCGUAAUUUUCCAUUGAUGGAGAAAGUGUAACCGAGAAAAUCGGAGUCGAUCGAAUGGGGUGUGAAAAGUGUGUAAAUCUUUGAAACGCGUAGCGAUCGACUGUGGGCUGACUUUGAGAAUUACAAUCCUCGAUACUUUUCAAAGUAUCCAGUUUUAUUUAUUCUAUAGAGGCUUGCUAACUGAUGGAAGCUUCGAGAUUAAUGAGAAAUAGGCUUGAUAGAUUUUCUAACGCGGAAACAAGCGUACCUUCGCUUGUUUUCGAUUGUAUAGUCUAAGCUAUGAAGACAAAGGAGAUGGAAGAAUAUGUUUUUUUUUUUUGUAUAUUAUCGUUUAUCGAUCGAUGAUUAAUUUAUUAAAUUAUUCGAACACUGCGUUAACAGAAAGGCCUUGUAUUUUCGACACACCAGUGAACUUUGUAAAUAAACUUUGUUAAAGCUGUCUUGUUUGGCUGGCUCGACAUUAAGCUCGCUAAUCUAGUCGAAAAAUCUCCUUUUGUCCACCGAACAGAAUGGUUUGAAAAAAGAAAGUAAACAUAACGAACGAUAUCGAUUUUUUUUGGAACGCAUACGCCACGAUAUUCGGUUAAAAAAUCGAAUUUCGCGCUUUUUUUCAUCAUACAAUAUUGCGCUGUAUGCUCGUUGCGGUUCAAAGCUUCAUCGAUUGAAUAAUUAUGAUUUUGUACACACACACAAUAAUUCGUAUUACCGAAAAGUGAUCCAUCUUCGAUCUCGUUAAAAACUCGGAAUUUUAUUUACGAAGACAAGUAUUGAGUUUAUGGAAAACAGAUUCGAAGACCAUCUAAUGGCUGAUAAUCAGCCGACAAUCGUUGAAGUUUAAUACGAACUUUCAUUUUAUCGUAAAACUUUCAUGGAAAUUGAUUAAAACUUUUCCACCUCCACAAUCCCCUCGUAUUUGAAGUGUUUCUUCGUUUUUUUUCAUUACUAUGAUAGCUGGCCGAGCUCGUAAACCACAUAACGAGAAAAACUUGACAAUGGAUCACCUAUGUGUACCUAAAGUUUUUAUAUGACUAUGAUAUUUGAACUUCACUAAAAAAUAUGAAAAAAAGAAACAAGUAUUGAAAAAAAAUGCCUUAAUUAAAUUAUUACGAUUUUCAAUUAGAAUAUUUCCUACGAGUAUGAGUUUUAAUAUAGAAUCGUCGAAAUUGAAAGAAAAAUAAAUAAAUACAUAUUAACUCAUAUAUCGCGCUACUAGUUGCUGCGAAAAAUCUUUUGUACUUUUGUUCGAAAUAAAGAAAACGAAAUUAUAAAUCCA